GAUUUUACCACUACUAUUUUCUAAUAUGAAUUCAAGGGGAUGGCCCUUUCUGUCAUCGAAAGUUCGGUGAUUCCUGUUUAUUGGAAUACGUAAAUGUAAUCUCAAAAAAAUGUUAUAAUCCAACGUGUGAUAAGUUUCUUCGUUACACGUGACGGGAUUUUACCAUCGGCUCAAGAAGUGAAGAAGAUCAAAAAGACGCGAAGCAGUGACUUAAUCUGAUGCAGCAAUUGUGAAAUAAGGAGUUUUUAUAAAUGGAAACAUUAUUCGAACCUACACCUGCGAAGAGAAAAUGCACUGUAAUAGACAUCAAUAAGAUGAAGAAUUUAAGAGAAACAGUUCGAGAAUUUGAUUUGCCGAAACAUUUUCCCAGUACGAUGCAUCAGUUGAGAAAUGAAGUUUACGAAACUCAGAAAAACAGAUGUGAAAACAUCGUUUCUACAUCAAGUGCGUCAUUUGCACCUCAACUCAUAAAGGUACAGAAAUUACGAAUUUUGUCUCGUAAUGGACGAGAUCUGGGAGAGUUCAAUGUUCAGUUACGAGAUGAUGAUCCGUCGAAAGGAAAGACAAUUAUGCUUACCAAGUCACCUUCAAAGAAAGACUCCUCAACUGUUAACACUUUGCCCAAACCUGGCAAGUUAUAUCCGAGAAUACUCAGACAAAGGAAGAAUUUUGCUAAGAUGCGAAAAGUUGAUCCGCCAAAUGUAACAGUAAGCUUAAGCAAAAACAUAUCUGAAAUAGAGAAAAUUAAUUCAAUAAAACAGCAGCAGUCUGCAACUUUGUCAAAAAGUAGUGAAUUUAGGAACAAUAUUAAGAAUGAAAAAAUGAGAGCAAGAAGUAGUGACAGUGAUACCGAAAUUGAUGUAGAAACAAUUCCUACAAAUAAAACGAAUUCUACAGGUUCUACGUAUAAAAAUAUCAAUAAUAAUAACAAAGAAUAUGUGCUAUCUAAUACAGAAAGUAACAUGAAUACUUGUUUAGAAAUUCAGGAUGGUAGGACGGUUAAAGAUAAUAAAACUUUUGCAUCUGUAAAACCAUCGUACAAAAAUGAUAUUAAUUCAAUUUCUAUAGCAAAUUGUAAAAAUCUUGUAGUGAGUCUUACUAAUUGUAUGAAAAAUUCUGAGAAUAAAAUUACUGUAAAUAAAGGAAAAUGUAUUGCUAACAAAAAUAUAGAAAAAGAUCAAGUGGUUGAAUCUUUGAAGAGUAAGCAAAGUGUUAUACAAGGAUGUAAUCAAGAUAGAAAGUUAAGCAGCUCAGGCAGCUCACUUGAAAAUAAAAAGUCUCUGGAAAAAUCAAGAAUUACAAAUGAGACAAAUAUGUCUCGGAUUAAAUCAUUAACUCAAAACAGUUUACUUGGAAAUAAAAUGUCUCUAAAUAAAUUAAGAAUUACAAAUGAAAAACCUAUGUUUCAAAAUCAAUCAGUUUUAAGUAAACAAGUACAUGAAAGGAAGAAACAAGAAAAUAUUAUGACAAUUAUACCUAAUAAUGAAACUGUUUUAUUUAAUCAACCUGCGGAUAUACUAAGUAAUAUAUCUGUACCUUCAACAAGUAAAAAACCCACACCUGUGUUUUUAACAAAACAUAUACAGGAAUCACAAAUUGUAAAUACCACUGAUAGCAACAUGGAAACUAGUAUACGGAAAAAGGAUUUGUCGCAGAAAGAUUUGUCAAAUAAAUUUGAUAUUAUUAAGAAAGCAAUGGACAGUGUAAAGGACAGUAAACUUCGAGAACUUGCGUUGAAGGCCUUGGCGGAUUGUGGAAUUGGCAUCGAGAGAUAUGUUCCGAUACAUCCACCGGAACAAUGUAAAGCUGUACACGACUCGCAAGUGCAGACUAUGGUAUUUGGUCUGUUAGAUCCUAAAUCUUUCGUAUUGAUAAACAAAGACAUAAAAAGCCUUUACAGAAUAAAUCAGAUCACUCUGCACGAUGUACCGAAUGUGGAACCGUUAGAUGAACAAGAGGGCAAUUUUGAUAUUGACAGUUUUGUUAAUGAGUUUGUUAAAAAUAUGGAAAACGAUUCAGAUAUAUUGAAAAUAAAUAAAACUUUGUCGAUGUCGAAAUUAAGGUGUAAAAGUAUUUUGGGUCAUUUAGAAAAAGAUUUUCAAUCUGUCAAGCAAUAUGAUCAAAACGGAAGGUUAAAUAUACACAAUGCUGUUAUUAGUAAUAACAUCUAUCUAGUCAAAAGACAUCUUUUGGUACUUCAGCAAUGUAAGGAAAGUGUCGAUAUACCAACCGAAACUGGAAUGACAAGUUUAGAGCUAGCAAUCAAAUAUGAUGUAUGUAAAGAAAUUGUUCAAGUUUUACUGGACGCUGGAGCUCAACCAGUUGUACCGAUAUAUCUACGCGAAUCAGCAUUGAUUAUUGCUAGUAAACAGUCGUCACCAUUAUUGCCAAUGCUUGUUAAACGAGUCUCGAAUCAUAAAUUACUCGAUCAAGUAGAUUCGGAAGGCUAUGCGGCGUUACAUUAUUGCUCCAUUUACGGUAAUUUACAAGGAGUUGAGGCACUAUUAUCAGCUAGGGCGACUGUAGAUUUGCAGGACAAAAAAUCUGGACGAACGCCUCUGUUUCAUGCACUGGACAACUCGCAUAGCUCGAUAUCGCGAGCGCUACUAAAAGCCGGUGCUAUGGCACACAUCACAAAUUACGCAGGUCAAACGCCAAUACCUAUAGUUCCCGUGAUCGAAAGAGAAAGUUCGCCUUGCAAAAUAUUGUCAGUAACAUGAGAUACUCAACAUAAUUGCUGUUUUUUUUUUUUAUUCACUUCUAACGACUGGAACAUUUGUCUCAAAUUGUUUUAUUAUUAGAGACAGAAACGCAAAUCACGAAUAUCGAAUUAAUUUAUGAGAAAAAGUACUGAAUAGCAAAAUUUCGAUAAUUUAUUUGUGCAUCACAUAAAUUUAUAUUUAACACAACUAUUUUUUUGUCUCUUGAAUAUUAGAUGGAACUGUUACUAAAAUAUUGUUUUUAUUAAGCUUAAACGACUUCUGCUUUUAGCUGUGAGUAUUUCAAUAAACAUAACAUAAAAAAACAUUUGGUCCGUAUUCUCACCUCUUUUAUCGAUAAAUAUGCCACUAAAUUUAGUGUGUGAUUACGUUACAUAUAUUAUAGAAUCUAUUUUUAGUUCACUAUAAAUGAAUAUGUUGAUAAAAUUAAGGUAGGAAUUCUUCGUAACUUGUACUUUUAUUUGUGAUUUGCGCUUAAUACAAUUGAUGUUUUUAUCUAAUUGUAUAGAUUCAUAUAUGUCUUUAUCUUAUUAGAUUAAGAAUUAGUAAAUAUUUUGCGUUAUUUUUGGAUAUUUCUUUCCUAUUUCGGGAUUCGCAGAUUGUACGGUCAUAAAUAUACAGAAGUAAAGAAAGUUGCGCCAAAUAUUUAUUGACUUGAUCUGGUAAGAUAAAAGUUUAUAUAAGAAAGUUUCUACACUGCUUUAAAUGGAUAUUGCAUUUCCGCGAUGAAAAGAUAAUUUGGGCGCAGUAUACACUCGACAAAACGAUAAUUUGUUCAUUGAGCGGUGCGUAGCCAUAUGUAAACGGGAGUAUGCUUUCGAAUCUAUGCCAAUUAUAUACAAAUAUGUAUGUAUAUAUAAAAAAAAUGAUAAAUUUUUAGUAUAUUCCAAAUUAUAAUUUAAAUGAUAAGAAAAUUAAUAGAUUAUUAAUAUUAUGAAUUGUCACAGAUUCUCAAAGAUAUUACAAAUAUAUAACAAUUAUAUAUACGUAAUUAUAUUAUAAUUAUUUAUUUACAUACAAAUUAAAAAACUAAUAUUUAUAUAAUUGUAUUCAUUGACAUGUAUCUUACAGGAUUUUAGUUGAUAAGAAAUUUGUAAAAGUCUGUGCUUUUCAUAAUAUAGCUGCGUUAAAAAUAUAUUUUUGUAUCAUAAAUAUUAGUCAGUAUUUAAUAUUGACAUUGAACUCGAUAUUGAAAUAUAGAAUUUAAAAUUGUAUAUAAGACUAUAAACAGUAAAUAUAUUAUAUAUGCGCAUAUACUAUUUUAGUAUUGUACCAUAAUAUUAUGUUUGAGUGUUAUUUGCUGUGCACUGCCAAUAAAUUGUUUCAAUUUAAAGUUAACAUAUUCAAAGUAACAUGGGAACCAAUUAAAGUGCAAAUAAAAAACCAAACUUCCGCAAUGAUGUACGUACAUAGACUAAGAAUUUGUAUUCAUGGUG